AUGGGCCAACAUGGGGCUAUUAGACUUCAGAACGAGGUGCAAGAUGGAAUUGUCAGUUUUUGCAGUCGAAAAUUUCUCAAUCGAACGUUAUUUUUCAGGUUUCGGCUCAUGAGCUGACGGAAGAAGAACAAUGGGCGGAAGAGCACAGGAAAAUGCACGAAAAGCAUCGAGGACACGAGGCGAUGCAUCUGGAGAUGAUGAUCAUUCUGGUUAUCACUCUCGUCGUCGGACAGAUUUUCCUUGUUCAAUGGAAACGAAGACACUUUAAGUCGUAUCAGGUGAUUUCUUUCUCGACGUUAUUUUCAACUUUCAAACGUUUCAGUUUUGCACUCUGAUUGGAAUGUGGCUCAUUCCUGUUUAUGUGUGUGGCACUCGAUCUUGGUAUCGUUUCUUGGCCACGUGGCUAGUUUUUACCAUCUGCUCUGCGUUAAUAUGGCUCAAAGCGUCAGCUCAACAUGUCAGCGGUAAAACUCCUAGGUUCAUUUUGCCACUUUGCCUGGUUUUGCAUUGAGUUUUUCUAGAUUUGUGUACAAGUACUUCCUCUUCUUGCAUAAACUGAGUUAUGUGCUUGGAGUCGUCGGAUACCUGAUUAUGAUGGGUGCUCUUCUCGGAUUCCAUGCUCUAUUCAAUGUGAAACAGCCAGAGCUGAUGGAUCUCGGCAAGUUUUAUUGCUACCAAAACUUUCCAUUUUUAUUAUUUUAGGAAUUCUCAUUAUGUUCUACGGAGUGUAUUACGGAGUGCUCGGUCGAGAUUUCGCUCACAUUUGCACUGACAGAAUGGCCUCUCGAAUUGGGGUAAUCAAACAGCGCUUUAAGCUCUGGGCAGUUUUGUGCUUUGUAGUAUUACACACCAGACGGACUACCUAAAAAGCAUCUGGAAGACGGAGUGUGUGCAGUGUGCGCCGGAAGACUCGAUGAACACGAGAAUGUGCAUGAAGCGACUGUGAGCACGAAGCUUAUGGAAGAUGACGAAGAAAAACUAUACAAGUAAAUUGACUCUAUGCAAUUAAGAAAGGAGGAAACGUUUGCAGGUUGUCGUGCGGUCAUGUGUUCCACGAAUUCUGCAUCAGAGGAUGGGUCGUCGUCGGAAAACUUCAGACGUGUCCGUAUUGCAAAGAGAAAGUGGAUUUGCAGAGAAUGUUCAAGAAUCCGUAAGCUAUCUUUUUCGUCUCACAGUUUCAGCUUCUUUUCUCGUUUUCAGAUGGGAAAAGCCUCACUUGUUCUAUGGAAAAUUACUCGAUUGGAUACGAUAUCUGGUGUGCUGGCAGCCGCUAAUAGUCACUCUUGUUCAGGGCAUCACUACUUGGCUCGGCCUCGAAUAG